GGAAGCAACAGUUGUCAAGACAGUCUCGGAGAGCAGCCAUUGUUUUUCCAGGUGGGCCGGGGGGCAGACGGCACUCGAUGCUGGUAGGCAGCAUCGGACGUCUUUAGCCCCCCCCCCACCGCUCCCCGCUCAGUUCAGACAAGGGGACUCAGGAUGCUUAAUGCAAGCUGCAAUUUCUCCACCUGCCGACUCUGGGCUGGCGACUGGGUGGCACCAGCUCAUCAGGAGACGCCAUGUUUCUGGGGCUUUUGAGGCUUCAACUCCCAGAUUUUCGGCUGUUGUCGGAUGGCAGGCUUUCUGAAAGAUGCACACCACCCACAGCUUGCAAUGUCCAGCCCACCCACUGCAGCACGGGGAUAAUGCUGUGGAAGACAUGACCCAGCUGGAAGACCUCCAGGAAAAUGCGGUUCUUAACAACAUCAGGUUGAGGUUUGACCGGGGACUAAUUUAUACCUAUAUAGGUAGCAUCUUAGUGUCUGUGAAUCCUUACAAAAUGUACAACAUCUACGGGACAGACCACGUGCUGCAAUAUGAAGGGAAAGCCUUGGGGGAGAACCCACCGCACCUUUUCGCAAUCACCAAUAUCGCCUACAGCAAACUGAGAGAUGCCAAAAUCAACCAGUGUAUUAUUAUCAGUGGCGAAAGUGGUUCGGGCAAAACAGAAGCCACCAAACUGAUCCUCCGUUACCUGGCAGCGAUAAAUCAGAAGCACACUGCAACACAGCAGAUCCUUGAAGCGACUCCUCUGCUGGAAUCCUUCGGAAAUGCCAAGACGGUGCGGAACGACAACUCCAGCAGGUUUGGGAAAUUUGUGGAACUCUUUCUGGAGGACAAUGGGUUCAUUUGUGGUGCCAUUACUUCUCAGUACCUUCUGGAGAAAUCAAGGGUCGUCUUUCAGUCCAAUAAUGAACGGAACUACCAUAUAUUUUACGAGAUGCUGGCUGGCCUCCCUGCUCAGCAGAAGCGGAAAUUCGGCCUUCAAGAGGCAGAAACAUACUAUUACCUGAACCAGGGAGGUAACUGCGAGAUUCCUGGCAAAGUGGACACUGAGGAUUUUCACCGGUUGCUCGACGCCAUGGAAAUCCUGCACUUCACUGCCCACGAUCAGGACAGCAUCUUCCGCAUGUUGUCUUCCAUUCUACACUUGGGGAAUGUCUACUUUGAAAAAUACGAGACAGAUUGCCAGGAGGUGGCUUCGGUGGUGAGCGCCCGGGAGAUCCGCGUUGUGGCCGAUCUGUUGAAAAUCUCCCCUGAAGGCUUGCAGAAGUCCAUCACCUUCAAAGUGACGGAAACCAUGAGAGAAAAGAUAUACACACCCCUCACUGUCGACAGUGCCGUUGAUGCCAGAGAUGCCAUUGCCAAGAUCCUCUACUCCUUGCUCUUCAACUGGCUCAUCGAUAGGAUUAACAGGCUCACCUACCCCAGGCAAGAAACCCUGUCCAUCGCCGUCUUGGAUAUCUAUGGCUUUGAGGAUCUGGGCUUCAACAGCUUUGAGCAGUUGUGCAUCAAUUACGCAAAUGAGUAUCUCCAAUUCUUCUUCAACAAGAUUGUCUUCAAGGAGGAGCAGGAGGAAUAUAUCCGGGAGCAUCUUGAGUGGAGAGAAAUACCUUUCAAUGACAACCAGCCUUGCAUUGACCUCAUUGCCCAAAGGCCUUAUGGGAUUUUAAGGAUCCUGGAUGACCAGAGCAGUUUCCCUCAGGCCACGGAUCAUACAUUUCUCCAGAAGUGUCAUUACCACCACGGCGCCAACCCCCUUUACUCCAAACCGAAGAUGCCGCUACCCGAAUUCUCCAUCAAGCACUAUGCUGGCAAAGUCACCUACCAGGUACACAAGUUCUUGGAUAAAAACUACGAUCAGGUUCGCCUGGACGUCCUGGAGCUUUUCGUCAACAGUAAAAUCAAAAUGGUGGCCAACCUGUUCUACAGCCAUGCCCAGCUGAUAGCUCAGCAGAAGACCAUGAUGGGGAGAAGCAGCACCAGCAGGCGGAAAUUUAAGUCCCACACGGUGGCAGCGAAAUUCCAGCAGUCGCUUUCGGACCUCGUGGAUAAAAUGGAGAGAUGUAACCCUUUCUUCGUCCGCUGCAUCAAACCCAACAAUAAGAAGAAGCCAGGACUUUUUGAGCCGGACGUAGUCAGCAGCCAGCUGCGGUACUCAGGAAUUCUGGAGACUAUCCGCAUCCGCAAAGAGGGCUUUCCUGUUCGCAUCCCCUUCCAGACGUUCAUUGAAAGGUACCGCUGCCUUGUUGAUAUCAAACAAGGCAUGAUCCCUGAUGCGUGGAACAGUGCGGUAGUGCUGAAGAAGCUAUGCGCAGUCACCCCCGAUAUGUACUGCAUUGGAGCCACCAAGCUCUUCAUGAAGGAGAAUGUCUACCAGCACUUGGAAGGGAAGCGAGAACGGAUUGUCCACAUGGCAGCUCUAACGCUGCAGCGGUACACGCGGGGCUUCUUGAUCAAGAAACGCUUCUUCGCCCUCCGCCACAAGAUCAUCCUCUUCCAGGCGCGGGCCCGAGGCUAUCUUGUCAGGCAAAGGUACCGGAGGCUGCGUCGAACCCUCAUCAAGGUCAGGUGCCUGGUACGCAUCUAUGUGAAUCGCAGGAGAUACCUUAAGAGAAAGGAAGAGGAGCGCCGGAGAGCUGAGGAGGAGAGGAAAAAAAAUGAACAGGUACUGAGCAGACGGGAAGUGAUGAGAGUUGCAAACCUGGAAGUGCCUGCAGAGUUGGUUGGACUCUUAAACACCGUGGCUGUUCACAAGCAGAUCAAUGAAGACUGUGUCACUCCCAUCCCCCCUCCAAAGCUACAGGCGGACCCCCAAUUCACUCUGCCCCUUGACAUCAACAAUUACCCCAUGAGCAAGUAUGUGCAGACCCACUUCAAGGAGCCACUCUUUGGGAUGCUGACAAGGACUCUGGCAUCUUCACUGACAAUGAUAGACGAGAGCCUGAGAGGAGAAGCUGUGUCCCUUUUCAAACUGAUCCUCCGCUUCAUGGGCGACCCCCGCCUCAACGGCACACAGGAGGUCCUCUUCGGGAACUACAUCGUGCAGAAGGGGCUGUCGAUCCCAAGCCUGCGAGACGAGAUCCUGGCCCAGAUCGCCAACCAAGUGUGGCGCAACACCAACGUCAACAACGAGGAACGUGGCUGGCUCCUGUUGGCCUCCGCCUUCAGUGCCUUUGCACCUUCCCACAGCCUGGAUAAAUACUUGCUGAAAUUUGUUUCUGACUACGCUUUCGACGGCUACAAGCCCAUCUGCCAGCACAAGCUCAUGCAAGCCAUGGCUCAGGCCCAGGAUGGUGCUGAAGGCGCCCGGGCCUAUCCACCCACCCUGCUGGAGUGGGCAGCCAGCCGGGACAGAGUCAACAUGGCCCUGGAUGUUUACUGUUUCAAUGGAGAUCACUUCUGUUGCCCCAUCCAUUCCUGGACUACCGGAGAAAACCUUGCUGAAAAUGUACUGAAAUACAGGGGGCUUGCCGAGGGGUGGCGAGGCUGGUCAGUCGCCAUGAAGGACGGCACCCAGUGGGCUGAGCUGGCCGGCCACGACUACGUCUUGGACCUGGUGUCCGACCUGGAACUCAUCCGUGGCUUCCCAAAGCAUAAGUCCUACUUCAUUGUUGCCUCAGAAGGGCCGGAGAGAAAUAUUGGCGGCAAAGCAGUAUUCAGACACAGUUUGGAUUCUGGUGAGAAGGUUCCUCCUCCGCCACUUAUGAAGGCCCCUACGGUGGCCCCCACCAACCUGCCAGACUCAGAAGGAUAUUGCAGCCAUGCAGAUUCGGACACGUUCAGCGAGCCUCGAAGCCAGAAGGGGUUGGAUCAUUACUUGGACAGCCUUUUUGACCCGGUUCUGUCCUAUGGGAAUGGGGAACUGGAGAAGCCGGCUGCCGUCUCCCACAGGAUGAAGGGAGGAGGCCAGAUUGGAGCGGGGAAUGGAGGCCAGAGCGAUGGAGACGGUGUACCAGCUGAGGGACCUCAAACAGCCGGUGAGUGUAGGCAGGGCUGCCUUCCACGGCCAAACGCAGCAACAAAUGAGGCCUUGUUGUUGGCACAGCAAGCUUUCCGUAACCAGCAGGAGUUGCUUCUGGCUCAACACAUGUCCCAAGUGGAGGCUCUCCGCCGACGGCAGCAGGCUGCUGUAGCAGCGUUGGCUGGUGCAACCUCACUCAGUGCAAACCAGUACUCCAGCCCCAGGUCCCCCCAGCACAGAAGCCCUUCCAGGACCCAGAGGAGCAGCACCUAUGAUGCCGGGCCUCAAGGGGGCCUACCUCCCCAGAGAGAAGCCGAGAAAGGGCUGGUAGACGGCACUGCAGCAGCACCGAGCCUUACACAAGACAUGCCGUUCUUUCAGAAAUCUGAUGCCGCCUCCAGGCUGCGCGCUGGUGAGCUUGUCCGCCACUCCAAGCUGAACUCGGAGUACAUUCCGGAGCCGACGCAGAACAUCCGCAACAUUAUCAAGCAGUACCAGCAACCUGCACGCAUCCCAGAACCCAUCAGGAAGGAAGGCGGGAAAGUAUUUGUGAAGAAAAUGGAUCCCCACGAGGAAGCCUUGAUGAUCCUGAAAGGACAGCUGGCAGCCACGGAGGCACCAGCGCGGCCUGCUCCGGUCAUCAGGGAGUUGGGAGCCAAGGAGGCAGUAGCCAUGGUGAAGCCUGUGACUUGUGCCAAGGUGGCUGUGCCCUCUGCCAUCCGCCUGCCACCCGCCAUCACCAGAUCUUUCCCUGAGGCCUCUCCAGUGUCGGUCUCACGUGAACUAUCAACUGAGGAUGAACUUAUCCAGACGCGGCUUCACCGUCGUUGCAGUGAGGAGUUCUAUGCAUACCGCAAUGUCUCUUGGAAAAUCUAUCUCAGGAAAGAGGUUUUCUACCCAAAGGACAGCAUCAACAACCCUCUUGUGCUAGAUCUCCUUUUCCGGCAGAUCUUCAACGAUACCUUGUCCGAGGCCUGCAUACGCAUCACUCAGGAGGAGAGACUCCGCAUGAAGGCCCUUUUCGCGGAAAACAAGCUGGACUCCUUUAGUCCGGUGGCCGAUGAAAGCGUCAAGAAGGAGAUCAUCAGCGUUGCCCGAAAUGGCUGGGAAGUGUAUUUCUCUCGCCUUUUCCCUGCUACGGGCAGUGUGGGCACCGGAGUGCAGAUCCUGGCUGUGUCUGACACAGGGAUCAAACUGCUGCGGCUGGUCAAGGGCACCAACUUACCUGGGGAGCAGCUCCGGGUGCUGCGGGGCUACAGCUACGGCGAUAUCCUCUUUGUGACCACCGGCUCGAAGAACAUGCUGGAGGUCAACCUCACCAACGAGAAGCUCAUUCUUUUCUCCCCCAAAGCUGCCCAGAUUAAGGCACUGAUUGACUAUUUCCUCAACGAACUCAAGAAGGAUUCACAGUACAUGGUUGCAAUCAAGAACCAUAUUACAGACGAUAAAAGCCUCUUACGGUUCCAUAAAGGAGACAUCAUUUGCCUCCGGCCAAUGGAAGGCUUGGAUCAAGACCGCUAUUUCGGCUGCGUGGUGCGGAAGAAAGUGAUGCUCCUGGAGGAUGUGAAGAAGGGCACCCAGGAUUUUGGCUGGAAGUUUGGUGCCAUCUAUGGGAAAUCGGGCUUCUUCCCUGCCGAUUGCGUCCAGCCGGUGGCAGCGCCAGAUUUUACCCACCUUCCUGCAGAGAGGAAGGAGGAGCCCAAGGACAAGCAAGCCAAAGUGGCUGUCCCGGCCUCGGUGGCUGUGGCUGUUGCAUCCGCAGCCGUGGCUCAGGAGCUUGACAAGACGACUGAGGUGUGUCUGGCAGGCAGCGAAUUCGCAGAGAGUGCGGAGGGCUUUCAGGGCGCCAAGGACAUCGGCCCACGAGGCGGCCCCUUCAACAUGCUGGAGUUUUCCAAGAAGUAUUUCCGAGAAGGGCAGAGGGCAAAGAUGGAUCCCAACAAGCAGAAAUCCAAAAAAAGUGGUGAAUCGAAUGGCAUGGCAGAUAUUCUGAAAUUCACCAAGGCCCCCAUCCAAGAGUCGCUCAUUGAAUUCACGGACAGCAGCCUGAACAAAAUAGCUGCAGAAACUUUCCAAGCUGUGAUGAAGUUUAUGGGCGACCUCCCACUCAAAGGACAAACUGAGCUAGAGGUGGUGUGUUCUCUUCUCAAGCUCUGCGGAGACCACGAGGUCAUCAGGGACGAGGUGUUUUGCCAGAUCAUCAAACAGAUCACGGACAACACCAGCACCAAGACGGACAGCUGCCAGAAAGGUUGGAGGCUGCUCUACAUCCUGAGUGCCUAUUAUAGAUGCUCUGAAGUCCUCCGACCAUAUUUGCUGCAGUUCCUCCAAGAAAUCUGCAACAGUCCCAGCUUGCAUUUCCAAGGCAUCGCCAAGGCAUGUGAGCAGAACCUGCAGAAAACCUUUCAGUUUGGUGGCCGCUGCGAGUUUCCCAGUAACAUGGAGCUCAAAGCCAUGGUGGCCGGAAGGAGCUCCAAGCGGCAGCUGUUCCUCUUACCGGGAGGGAUCGAGAGGCACCUCAAGAUCAAAACUUGUUCGGUUGCGCUGGAUGUGAUAGAGGAGUUAUGCUACGAGAUGGGACUACGCCGCCCUGAGGCCUUUGACGAAUACAUCAUUUUUGCUGUCGCCAACAGAAAUCAGAAUGUUCGGCCUUUGAACAAAAAGGAGUACAUCCUUGAUGUUGCCUUGGAAAUGGAGAACGUGGACAGCGGCUUCAUGUUCUGGUAUCGGCGCGUCAUCUGGGCCCAGCCGCUAAAGUUUGACAAUGAGCUCUAUGUCACCAUGCACUACAAUCAGGUUCUCCCUGAUUAUCUCAAGGGGCUCUUCAACACUCUCCCUCCCAUGAGGCCGAGUGAGCAACAGUUCCAGCAAGUCUCCAAGCUGGCUGCUCUGCAGCACCGAGCAAAGGACAGCUUCUACCUGCCUACCGUGCGGGAGGUUCAGGACUACAUCCCGCCCCAGUUCUACCAUCUGCAGAAGGCCCAGUCCUGGCUGGACAUGGUCAUGCACCACCUGCAGCAAGCGCAGGCCUUGAGUGCCCACCAAGCUCGGGCGCAGUUCCUAGGGCUCCUGAGCGCUUUCCCCAUGUUCGGCUCGUCCUUCUUCUACAUCCAGAGCUGCAGCAACAACACCAUCAUCUCCCCCUGCAUCCUGGCAGUGAACCAGAAUGGACUCAACUUCCUGAACAAGGAAACCCACGAACCCAUUGUGACAUUCUCCCUGAAAGAGAUCCAGUCCACACGCACCCAACGGCCCUCGGCUGGAUCCAGCUACCCCUACGUAGAGAUCAUGCUGGGGGGCUUGAUGUCCCAAAGGAUCACGCAGCUGCAGCUGGAGCAGGGUCUGGAGCUUUGCCGAGUAAUCGCCACCCACAUGGAGAGCUUGCUGCACGCCCGCGAAAAGCGACUCACGCUCCCUCCGAGCGAGAUCACGUUGUUGUGAAUGGACUGGCCACACACCUCUUCCUCUCUCUCUCUCUCAUUCUCUCUCUCAGGGCUGGCCCAAUACAUUUUGGUACCUGAGGCAAGCCACAAAGUGGUGCUUCCCCCCAGGAAGAAGGUGUGAGUGAAUAAGGGGGGAGAGAGAUUUAUGUUGGGAACUAGGGUGGGAGACCAGCAGCACCUCCUAGUCGCCAAGACGUCGCGAUAGAGGUGGCAUUGGGGAGGGCUGCCGAGGAGGAGGCAGAUAUGGUCUGGGAAAAUAACUGGUGAGUACCAAUUAAUCCUGAACUCCCACAUGCAAAAACUGCAAAAGGAAAAUGGAUGUCUGCCUGAAUUCAAAAAGCAUGCGGGCCUUGACUCACUCUCUAGCCAAAAACCCUUUCAUCAGAGUUUAAAACAGAAAUACAUGCAGUGUUUGUAAUGUGUGGGAAAUAUAGGUUGUUAGACCUUUAAAAUGUCCCAGUAUUAAGUUUGCUUCUAGGAGUGAAUAGACCACAAACUUAAGUAAGCUAAAAUGCUUUAUUUACAGUAAUCAGCGGUCUCACUCAAUGCUACAGCAGAAACAACACAGAUAAAAACUUCAUGAGUACAAAAAUAUGAAAAGUAUCUUCAAACAUGGAGUCUGGGCUUAGGAGCUCCAGCCUUAUGCAUCUGGUCAGUUAUAUGGUUCAAAAAUAAGAGAGAGAUAAAGGAACAGGGAACAACCUUUAUUUUAUCCCUUGCCAUAGGACCAAUCUGAAACUUCUUUAGCAUUUAAGAACUCUGUGAUCCUUAACACAUUUCUUACUAUUAUGCACAAUUUAUGCAGAUUUGGCUGCAUAAAUCUCCUACAAACAUCUGGGUGUGUGUGUGUGUGUGUAUGCCAGGUUUGGGAAGACUGCACUCAUCUAUCCCUAUAGGCUGCUAUAUAUGAGAAGUCCUACUAGACCAGGAGUUGAAGCCUGAGCCCAGAUUCUCCUAAUAAGAAAUUUGAGGUGGGUGGAUAGAACCUAUGGAAGAAAUACUGAGCUGGACCAGAUCAAGAUGCCAUCUGGCCUAGCACUCACUUUGCAACAGCUGUCAGCCAGAUGUGUCUGGAAGCUUCCGAGCAAAGCAUGAUGAUGAAUCAUCCGCUGUUUGUCCCCAGCCUCUGUCUGUUUACGUGCACAAGUUGUUUGCAAAGUUAUUCACAAGUUCUGUUGUUUUUUUAACAUACUUUGGUCCGGUUUCAAGAAUAUGGCUUUUUCUGCAACUUUGCUCUUUAUUUUUUAUAAAAGCAACCAGUCUUCAGAAGAACUGGUAUUGUGCUAUUGGGGGAGAGAGAGAAAGAGAGAGAGAAGAAACAAUAGCUCACACCCUACCUGCUAUAUUUUGUAAUAUUUUUGCACUCAAAAUUGCGCUUUUUUUGAGGGGGGUUAUAUUUGUUCACAAUUUGAGCAAAAUUAAAAGUGUCAUUUUAUGUCA